GCGCGCGCGCGCCUGCCUCGCCAUGCCCAACAUCGUGCUCUUCAGCGGCAGCUCGCACCAGGAUCUGUCCCAGCGCGUGGCCGACCGGCUGGGGCUGGAUCUGGGGAAGGUGGUGACGAAGAAGUUCAGCAACCAGGAGACCAGCGUAGAGAUCGGUGAAAGCGUAAGAGGGGAAGAUGUAUACAUUAUCCAGAGUGGUUGCGGAGAAAUAAAUGACAACUUGAUGGAGCUUCUCAUCAUGAUCAAUGCUUGCAAGAUCGCAUCAUCCUCCCGAGUUACUGCAGUAAUUCCAUGUUUUCCUUACGCUAGGCAAGAUAAGAAGGACAAGGACCGAGGUAGAUGGAGCCGAGCCCCUAUUUCUGCAAAGCUUGUUGCCAACAUGUUAUCAGUUGCUGGAGCAGACCACAUUAUCACCAUGGAUUUGCAUGCAUCCCAGAUACAGGGCUUCUUCGAUAUCCCAGUGGACAACCUGUAUGCAGAACCAGCUGUACUGCAGUGGAUCAAAGAAAAUAUCCCAGACUGGAGAAACUGUGUCAUUGUCUCACCUGAUGCAGGUGGAGCGAAAAGGGUCACCUCGAUUGCAGACAGACUUAAUGUUGAAUUUGCCCUGAUCCACAAAGAAAGGAAGAAAGCCAACGAGGUGGAUCGCAUGGUCUUGGUUGGGGAUGUGACGGAUCGCGUUGCAAUACUUGUGGAUGAUAUGGCAGACACUUGUGGUACCAUAUGCCAUGCAGCAGACAAGCUAGUGUCUGCAGGAGCGACUAAAGUUUAUGCUAUUCUUACUCAUGGGAUCUUCUCCGGCCCUGCUAUUUCUCGGAUCAAUAAUGCUGCCUUCGAAGCGGUAGUUGUAACUAACACAAUCCCUCAGGAAGAGAAAAUGAAACACUGCCCCAAGAUUCAGGUUAUUGAUAUUUCUAUGAUUCUGGCUGAGGCAAUUAGAAGAACACACAACGGCGAAUCCGUGUCUUACCUGUUCAGCCAUGUCCCAUUAUAACUUCAGAUCAGCCAUGGCGUGUGCAUUUGGCGAUGCUGCGCUGAGAAUAUCAUGAUAGCAAAUAUCCAAGAAAGCUUCAGGCUGACUUUGUGCACAUUCCUUCUUUUAAUCUGGACAGUAAAUAAAAUGGGUGAGGGGGAAUUACGUCUUUUUCAAAAGCAAAGCUAGGGAGCCUGUACCUAAUCAGAGAUGCCCAGCUUGAGAAUAUCUGAGCCUUACUUCGAACAGAACUGCUUAUGGACACUACAGAUUUGGAUAAAUGGCUUGUGUAAUACAUCCUGUGAGGAAAUCAGUCUCUUAAGUUGGUAGAUGUUUUAUAGUUCUUCUUUCUCUUUUUUUAACCCCUCUUAAAAUUGGACCUGCGGUAAUGAUUAACUGCUUUGCCCUCUUACCCUGAGGAGUGUCUGAUUCCAGUCUCUGUUUUUUGGACCUGUUUACCUAGAGCCGGUCACCACUGAUGCUGUAUGACAGCUAUGACUGCAUAUCUUUAUGCCUAAAUUAAAUGUGGCAGCCCAAAGAUUAAAGCCUCAGCAGUACUUUCAGAUUGACCCAAAAAAAAAAAUCCUCUUGUAAACAUGAGAACUAUUGCAGGGAGAAACAACAAAACAAAUUAUGGCAAGUUUCAUAUGUCCUAAGCUUUUCUGGACUACUACUCACAUCGAAUGCCAGUCUGGUGUCUGGGAAACUUUAUGCCAAAUGAAACCCGUUGGUCUUUAAGAUGCCACAGUAUGCUUUGUUUGAGGUGCCACAAACUACAGCUGCUGCUCUGGAAAUUUAAAUUACUGAUGCUAGUAGUAUUUGAUGCAUGAUAUUCAGAAACCUUGAGAUAAAUGGUCCUGUAGCAAUUUGUUGUUUUAAUAUAUUUGUAAAUCCUUUGUCAUUUUCAAAUGUUUGUCAAACUUUCCUUGUCAUUCCAUUGUGUUCUGCUGCACACUGGUGAGACCCAGGCUGGCAUGGUUUAUGUGCUAGUGGAGCCAUUGUAACACAUCUCUUUUUUCUACCUUUUAAUAUUUGAAGCUCAAGCUCACAUUGGAAAAGUCUGUCCUGCCCCUUUCUAGAUGCUGAACCAACACUGCCAUGGGAAAAAAGCUUCAGGGUGCGGCCUGGGGCUUAAGCAGUUUAAAGUAAAGAUGAGAAGGAGGCCAUCAGCCUCUAAAAUUUCAAUCUAGUGCUAAGAAUCCACUCUUAAUGGUACCUGUGCAUUAGAGAAGUCUAAUAAUUAAAAGAUAACAAGCAUGGUCUUUCUUGAACUUGUGAAUUUGGAUCUGCUUUUUAUAUUUAAAAAUAUCUUCCACAUUGUUUAUCCCUUGUAUAAAAUGGCAAAGUUUCUUUUCUUCUUUCCCUCAGAAAACCCCCAGAUUCCCACAUGAUCACAUGUAUUUUCUAAAGAUCCCUUUGUGGCAAACUGAAACAACCCUAGAAAUAAGUUUGUGGUGUAAUUUUCGAGCAGUGAGCCACUUUUGAAAUUAAUUGCUUAGUAUUUGUCCAUGCAGCUGCCUAACUGCCAUGUCUCAUCAUAAGUAAAAAUGAAAUCUGUGUAAGGGAGGUUGGUGACAAAACCUUGUUUUUGGUAGAUGUGAGUUAUACCCUAGGACAGCACUACAAAAACUUGUUUAAAUAUAAUUCAUUUGCUUUUUCUAUAGUUAAAAACAAAUCCUAUAGUGAUUAAAAUCUGCCUAGAAUCUUCAAAUGGCUUCCACUUUAGUGUUCAAAGGUAUUUCUUCAUUUGUACUGCUUUUAGUGGUAAGAAGACACUUGGAAAGUAUAUGAUGCUUAAACCAAAAAGUCUUUAAAUGUGUUUUCUGACCAAAACACUUAUGCAUUCAAUUCAAAGUCUUCAUAAUAUUUCUGUCUCACCUGCUUAAAAGUACAGCAUUUCUCAGUUCUCUGGCUGAAAUCUUGUUGCACAGCUUCAUGAAUGCAGCGGGAACGAUGCCAUUAGGUGGGGUGAAUUGACAGUGAUUAAAGGCUUCCUUGGGUGGCUUCAGGAUGCAUACAACUCAUACACAGUGUGGCAGAGUAAUUGCCCAUGGCACACGCAGAGUGGUGCAACAGGAUUUCAACCAUUGUGUCGUUUCUGUGUUUGUUCAGAUUAGCCACCAUCACACCAAAGCUGGACCAGCUAAAAAUCGUUUUGUUACAUGUGAUAAGUUACAGAAUAUGCCUCUGUUCCAGAAGUCGGCAAGAAAGGUUUGCUCGUAAAUGUGUUCAGGUUUCCCAAUAAAUCUUGAUCCAGCGUUA